GCUGCUGCUGCUGCUGCGGGACUGAAGCUGAAUCUGCCCGCUUGUUCUUCAACCAGCCAGCAGAAGCAGUGAUCGGGACCCGGAGUGUGAUCGCUGUCCGGAGAGCAUAGAUGUGCAAAACCCCUGGAUUAUCCGUGCGCUGGAGAGGCCAGAACCGACCACCGUGGAGGACUGUCUUUAUCUAGUCGUCUAAAGGGAAAGAGCCACGGGGAAAGCAUGGCGGUAGAAGAGGAAGGUCUCCGGGUUUUCCAGAGCGUUAAAAUAAAAAUAGGAGAAGCGAAAAACAUCCCUCCGUACCCGGGGCCAAACAGGAUGAGGGACUGCUACUGCACCGUCAACCUGGACCAAGAAGAGGUCUUCAGGACCAAGAUCAUAGAGAAGUCACUUUGUCCAUUCUAUGGGGAGGACUUUUACUGUGAGAUUCCACGUAGCUUCAGACACCUCUCCUUCUACAUCUUCGACAGGGACGUCUUCAGGAGGGAUUCCAGUAUCGGCAAAGUUGCCGUGAAGAAAGAAGACCUGCAGAAAUAUCACGGCAAAGACACCUGGUUCCAGCUACAACCUGUCAGCGCUGACUCAGAAGUGCAGGGAAAAGUGCACCUGGAGCUGCGUCUGAGUGAAGUCAUCACAGACAGUGGGGUCAUCAACCAUAAACUAGCCACACGUGUGUUGGAGUGCCAAGGUCUUCCAAUCGUCAACGGCCAAUGUGAUCCCUACGCUGCCGUCUCCUUACUGGGACCUUCAAGGUCGGAAGCCAAGAAGACCAAAGUGAAGAGGAAAACCAACAAUCCACAGUUUGAGGAGGUUUUCUAUUUUGAGGUGACGCGGCCAUUAAGCUACACAAAGCGUCAGUUUGAUGUCGAAGAAGAGGAUGUUGACAAGCUGGCACUGAGGGUGGAUCUGUGGAACGCCAGCAACCUGAAGUUCGGGGAUGAGUUCCUGGGAGGGGUGAGAGUUCCUCUGCGGGCGUUGGGUCAGGCUGGUGUCCAUGACGCAUGGUACUUUCUCCAGCCCAGGGAGAACGGGGGGAAGUCAGUGAAGGUAGAAGAGCUCGGCUCUCUGCGUCUGAACAUCGUUUACACUGAGGACCACGUCUUCCCCUCUGAACACUACACUCCCCUCAGAGAUCUACUGCUGCAGUCUGCUAAUGUAGCGCCUGUGUCGGCGUCCCCAGCUCACACCCUUGGGGAGGUGUGUCGGGAGAAACAAGAAGCCGCCAUUCCCCUGGUACGCUUGUUUCUUCACUACGGCAAGAUUGUGCCUUUCAUCAGCACCAUCGCUCACGCCGAAGUCAACCGCACACAGGAUCCUAACACCAUUUUCCGUGGAAACUCGCUGACUUCCAAGUGCAUUGACGAGACCAUGAAGCUGGCAGGAAUGCACUAUCUGCAAGUGACACUCAAACCCAUCAUAGAUGAGAUCUGCACAGAACACAAAUCCUGUGAAAUCGACCCGGUCAAGCUCAAAGAAUCGGAGAACCUGGAUACGAACAGGGAAAAUCUUCGUCAGUAUGUGGACCGUAUCUUCAAUGUUAUCACCACCUCCGGCGUUCGCUGUCCCACCGUCAUGUGUGAUAUCUUCUUCUCUUUGAGAGAGUCCGCUGCCACCCGUUUCCAAGUUGACCAAGAUGUCCGAUACACAGCAGUGAGCAGUUUUAUUUUCCUGCGUUUCUUCGCUCCAGCCAUCCUCUCCCCCAACUUGUUCCAUCUACGGCCGCACCAUCCAGAUCCCGCCACCUCUCGAACCCUCACCCUCAUCUCCAAGACGAUCCAGACCCUGGGAAGUCUCGCCAAGUCUAAAUCUGCCAAUUUCAAAGAGUCUUACAUGGCUGCAUUUUACGACUACUUCAAUGAGCAGAAAUAUGCGGACGCUGUGAAGAAUUUCCUGGACUUGAUCUCCACCUCAGGCAAAUGGGAUCAGAGGAGUAUUGAAACACCGAUCAUGCUCAAAGAGGGAUUUAUGAUAAAGAGGGCACAAGGGAGAAACCGGUUUGGAAUGAAGAACUUCAAGAAGAGAUGGUUUCGCCUCACCAAUCACGAGUUUACCUACCACAAAACGAAAGGCGAGAGCGCUCUCUGCAGCAUUCCUAUAGAGAACAUUCUGGCUGUAGAGCGGCUGGAGGAGGAGUCUUUCAAGAUGAAAAAUAUGUUCCAGGUUAUUCAGCCGGAGCGGGCGCUCUACAUCCAGGCCAACAACUGCGUCGAGGCUCGCGACUGGAUCGACAUCUUGACCAAAGUCAGCCAGUGCAACCGCAAACGCCUAAGCACCUACCAUCCUUCAGCCUACCUCAACAGCCACUGGCUCUGCUGCAAGCUCUCAGCAGACACAGCCCCUGGGUGUACGCCCUGCACUGGCGGCCUCCCAGCAAACAUCCAGCUGGACGUAGAUGGAGACAGAGAGACCGAGAGGAUUUAUUCCCUGUUCAGCACAUACAUGACCAAACUGAUCAAGAUGCAAGAGGCCUGCGGCAGUAAAUCUGUGUACGACGGGCCCGAACAGGAGGAGUACUCUAGCUUUGUCAUCGAUGACCCCCAGGAGACCUACAAAACCCUGAAGCUGAUUGUUUCAGCCGUGCAGACCUUGGAGCAGCAGCACACCAAGUACAAACGUGACAAGUUCAAGAAGACAAAGAUAGGCAGCCAGGAGCAUCCGAUUGGAGACAAGAGUUUUCAGUGCUACAUUCGCCAGCAGUCCGAGAGCUCCACCUACUCCAUCUAGCCCUGUGUAGUGUUUCUACGAUGCCUAGAACCAGCAGAUUUUUCUUUCCUGGAAAAACUUUCCUCUUGGCAAUGCCCCGUGUCUAGUAUUGAGUUUUAAAGCUUUAUUUUUCCUCAAAACAAGAUAAAAAAGGCAUCAAUGUGAGAUCGUUUUACUUAUUUCCAAAGCAAAGUAUCCAUGCUUCACUUUUUUAAAGACUUUUCAGGGAGCAGCAUGCUGUGUCACCUGACUGGCGUAUUUGUCCAGUUGUAGGAAAAUAAGAGUUUUAAUUGUCCGUACCAGACUGGACGAGCUGUGUAGAUGGACUUUUUUUUUGCAGUGUCUCAAGAUGUAUCACUCCAAAUCAGGAGAACAGACCUCAGACCAGCAUGAAAAAUAGAGGAACAGUUGUGGAGGAAAGGAGUGAUACGAAUUAAGACAUAAUCAUACCGGACAUCUACGUGGGUCUCCUGUCUGUGAUGUGACGAGAGAACAAGCCAACGUUUUCACUGGACAGUUCUGACAGUGACCAACACGCACUUUAAUCGCCUCCACGUCUAUCGAUGAACAAGCAUCGCAGCACACGUUCAAAAGCUUAUUUUAUCCGUUUGAUUUGUAUUUGGUUAUUAUAAUGGUUGACAUGUUGAGAUGUUCCAUUGUAUUUCACUCCAGAAGGAAGGAAGGACUGUACUUUUCCCUCUUUGGGUGGUGUUGCCCCCAUGUCUUUGUUGUUUCUUUGUCCUUAACCUCCUCAGGAAGGCUGUGAAGAUUGAGGGCACAGAAGAAGGGAUUGUCGGGACCAAGCACAGCCGAGAGCAGCUUGAUGCUAUCAAUGUUAUCUUUCAAUUUCAUCCCUUCAAUUUUAACCCUCACCUUUGAUGUUUAGGAUCAAGUUUCCACAUGUCAUUUGAAGCCUUGUUCUGUUAUGGUUGGACAUAAGGCUCCUGUGUUACCAGUACCUGGGUUGAAGGAAUAGCUUCUUCUUUUUUUGGAGAGUCAGAAAAACCCAUAGAUGCCUUUUUUGUAUCUCUAUGGGUGUCAAGUUGCAGCUUCUCUUUUAUGUAAGACAAAAUACACUGGGUGGCUAUUUAGUUGAACUCCAUCUUGAUCUGCAUCUGAACAAAGACGUUCGAUAAUAACGUCCAACUUCAGAACCCGUUUCAUUCGAUAUCAGGGCUGCCUGCUGUUGGCCCCUGUUGACUCCCGCAAUCUGUGAAUUGUGAAUUGUGCAUAAGCACAAAUACAUUCAGUAAAAUGCAUUGUGUAACCACAAUGUAAACUGAAAUAACAGUGUGCUAGCAAUAUACACUCAGUGGCCACUUUAUUAGGUGCACCGGUACAUUCUGUUGCAAUUCAGCUCUGCCACAAAUUCAGCCUUUAUGUUUAUAAUGUUCUGUUUUUCACAGGCAUUGUGGGAAAUGUGUAGUUAAGUUAAAGGUGGUGUUCUGGACGAUAUUGAGAGGUGUUUCUUACGUUUUUGUUCUUCUUAUUUACAGUACAGCAGUACAUGAGAUGGACAGAAUAUUAGAAAGGGUUGAAUAUAAUGCAGUCCAGAACAGUCCCAUCAGUAUCACCUCAGUUAUAAAUAUAUAACUUAAUUAGCACCUUUAACGGUGUAAAAAGAAGAAAACCGAAUAUUACUGGCAUCAUAAAAGUAGACUUUAUGGCAGAACAGUUGUAUAUGAUUGCAUUAGAGUGUACAGGUCAAGUUAAUUUUAUUCAUAUUUAUAUAUCUAAUAACAACUCUGUCUCAGAUGUACAUCAUGAAGUGACCAAUGAGUGUAUAUAGAAUAUAGAGUGCAUAUUGGAUUAAUAAACACAUUUUGUAAUUAGAUUCAAUUGCCACAAACUAAUUGCCACAUGCUGAACCUAGAGCCACCUGGGGCCGUUGGACAGUUGCCCACUAUGCCCAGUUAGUAGUCCAACCUUGGCUAACAGACACACACAUCCAUGGUGCAUUUAGUUAUUCUGUUGCAGGUUCAUAUUAGUGGAAAACAGUGUAUUUUGCUACUCUUAAGGGGUGCCAAAAUUUGUUCCCGACGUCCAGUAGUUGACUAA